UCCUUACCCAUUAUUCUCCCUCAUAAAACUUCUUCACCACAACACAAACACACACAAAAAAAAAAAAAAAUGGAACAAGAACAACAGCAACAUCAACAAGAACAAGAACCAUUAAUCUACAAUCUCCCACAAGACACACUUCACAAAAUCUUCUCCUCCUUACCCCUCCGUCAAAUCAUCCUCUGCCGUUCCCUUUCCAAAUUCUUCAACCACCUCCUCACCUCACCCAUCUUCCUCCACCACAUCUCCGCCACAAUUCCACCACUCAACCUCCUCGCCCUCCGCCAUCAUAACCACCACAACAACCACCAUAACCCCUCCACCCUCCACCUCUUCGAUCCUAACCUAAAUCAGUGGCUUCAUUUUCCUCUCAAUUUUCUCCCUUUCUCUAAUCCCCUUCCAGUCGCUUCCUCUCAUGGACUCAUUUACCUUUGGGCCCAGCCCAAUAACACCAGCCCAAGCCCAAAUUCCCAAGCGCAAGCCCAAACACAAACCAAAUCAUUACUCGCUUGUAAUCCAUUAACCCGCAAAUUCCGGAUCCUUCCUCAAUUAGGAUCCGCUUGGUGUCGACAUGGCUCGGUGUUAGUUGACUCAGUUAACCGAGUCAUGGUUUUAACUGAACUCGCCGCUUUAUAUUUCUCCGGCGGUGACGGUGGAGACGGUAGAAACGGUAAUAACGGUGGUUGUUGGCUGAAAUUCUCAUCGAAUCUUCCAUCGAAGCCGCGAAGUCCGGUUCUGAUUGAGGAUUCUGCUUACGCGCUUUGCUGCGAUGAUGUUGGAUCUCCUUGGAGGAGUCAAUGGAAGCUAUUCUCGUGCCGGUUUGGUUCGAGGAGUUCGGUGAAGUGGUCGAGAGUAGAUCGGCGGGAGUGGGGAGAUGUAUUUGAUAUACUGAAACGGCCGCGGCUUGUGCGCGGAGUUGGGAACCGGAUCUUGAUGGUUGGGGGAUUGAAGUCUUCUUUUUCGUUGAAUUCGCCUUGUUCGACGAUUUUGAUUUUGAGGCUUGAUCUUGGGACGAUGGAGUGGGAUGAAGCUGGGAGGAUGCCGGUGGAGAUGUUUAGGUGUUUUCAGGAUGCUGGGAAGUUUAAGGUUUUUGGGGCUGGUGAUAGGGUUUGUUUCUCGGCAAAGAGGAUUGGGAAAUUGGCGCUUUGGGAUCGUGGUGCGGUGGCGGAUGGUGAAGAGUGGCGGUGGAUUGUUAAUGUGCCGGGAAAUGGCGAUGGAGUUUACCGGGGAUUUGUCUUUGAAGGGAGGCUUGAUGCAUUACCUUGAGGGUUAGGAUCGGGGAAUUGGCGGUUUGGGAUCGUGGUGGGGAAUUGGCGGUUUGGGAUCGUGGUGGGGAGGGUGAAGAGUGGUGGUGGAUCGAUAAUGUGCCGAUAGAGGGUUUGUCUUUGUGUGAGGCUUGAUGCAUUCAUUACCUUGAGGGUUAGGAUCAGAAAAUUGGCGCUUUGGGAUCUUGGUGCCGCAGAGGGUGGAGAGUGGUGGUGGGUCGUUAAUGUGAUAGGAAAUGGCGAUGGAGUCUACUUGGGAUUUGUCUUUGAAGGGAGGCUUGAUGCAUUGAGGAUUAGGAUUGGGAAAUUGGCGCUCGCUUUGGGAUCUUGGCUUGAUGCAUUGCCUUGAGGAUUAGGAUCGGGAAAUUGGCGUUUGCUUUGGGAUCGUGGUGCUGCGGAGGGUGAAGAGUGGCGGUGGAUCAAUAAUGUGCCGACCGGGGAUUCGUGUUUGAAGGGAGGCUUGAUGCAUUGCCUCGAGGGUUCCAAUUAUGGAUUCAUAAUUGGACAUUGGUUAUGGUAUUUUAAUUAAAAUUGUAUGCUAUGUUUAUUUUGGAUAUAAUAAUUUAUAAUUUAUAUGCAUUUGAAAUUUUUUUACACAUGCAUCCAAUUUCGUAUAAACUUGAUACAGAUAUUUGUGGAGAUAUUUUCAAAACACAUUACAAAGUUACAUACUAGUAUAGUGUAAUUUAAUUGGUUGUAUAUGUUAAAAAAAAUCAUUUGGUUGAGUAGCAUAGUUGUGAUCUAUCUUGUAAUGUAUGAUAUUGUUGAUUUUUCAAUGCAAUUAUGAAAGAGUGUGCAAAUUAA